AUGGGGGUUUUGAAAGGGAGCAAUAAAGCUAUUAAUGUCAUUAACGUGUACGCUCCCCAAAAUGUGUCCCAAAAGAAAUCUCUAUGGGAUGACAUUGGGGGUCUGUUAGGUCACAUCUCGGGAUGGUGGGUGAUUUUGGGGGAUUUUAACGCUGUCUGCUGUGUGGAAGAUAGGUUGAAUUCUAAGUUUAACAAAACCUGUGGUUACAAUUUUAAUAAUUUUAUUAAUGAUAAUGGAUUGAGAGAAUUUGAGAUGAAAGGAAAGAAAUUCACUUUUCAUAAUAAUAAUAAUGGCAACAAACAUAGCAACACCGAUAGGGUUUUAGUGUACUUUGAUGAGGUUAUAAAGAAGGCGAAGGAUAACUUUAUUGGUGUCAGAGAAGCGAAUGUUCGGUUAACGGAAAAUUUUAAAAGGAUUAGGGAGGGUAUUAAAAUAUGGAAAGAGGAGGUUUUAUAUAAGGAAGAGGGGAAGGAGAGGGCACUUAAGGAGGAUCUAGAAAAAAUGGUUGAGUGGUCGGAAGCUAGGGAUCUGUCUGAACAGGAGGAGUGGAUCAAAGAGGAAUGUAUAAAAGAUUUAAAGGAGUUAGAAGAUUUCAAAAAUAAAGAUCUCAAACAAAGAGCUAGAAUUAAAUGGGAUGUUGAUGGAGAUGAGAAUUCGGGUUUUUUUCAUGGGUUCAUAAACAGUAGACGAGCUUCUAACAAUAUUCCCGGCCUCAUGAUUGACGGAGACUGGACGAAUAAACCUUCCUUAGAAAACAACAACAGGCCAAAACUCAUUUGCCAUGAUAUCAAGAGGCUAUCAGAGGAGAACGCGACGUUUCUAACAGCUCCUUUUAAAAACAAGGAGAUUAAGAAAGCUGUGUUCGAGUGUGGGGGCAACAAAGCUCCUGGGCCAGACGGUUUUAACUUCAAUUUCAUAAAAAGCAAAGGUUCUAUCACAAAAGGAUGCAGCUCUUCAUUCAUAACUCUUAUUCCGAACAACAAGGAUCCUGUUGGGAUGAGAGAUUAUUGUCCAAUAAACCUUAUUGGGGUGAUUAGUAAAACUAUUUCUAUGGUUCUUGCUAACCGUCUCAAAAGGGUCAUUGGUACUAUCAUCUCGGACAAUCAAAAGGCGUUUCUUAAAGGCAGGCUUAUAACAACGUUUGUUGGGAUUUUUUUGUUGGAUAUUAUGAGUCAGAUGGGUUUUCCUUUACAGUGGUGUAAAUGGGUGGAAGGGGUGUUAGCUUCGGCUAGUUCUGCUGUGCUAGUGAAUGGGUCUCCUACUUUUGAAUUUGGUUGUUCAAAAGGGAUAAGACAGGGAGACUCUCCGUUUUUGUUCAUUUUGGUUAUGGAAUCCUUGUCUAGCAUUUUGUGCAAAGCAGGGCUCGAAGGGUUUUUCAAAGGUAUUCAAACGCCUAAUAUGGGUCCGGUAAGACAGCGCGAAUCUGAUACAGAGAUUAAGGAAUGGCAUGAAUGUCAAGACGUUAUCAACAUGGUGAGAUUGUCAAAUGAUAAAGAUUCAUGGAAAUGGAACACUAACAAACAGGACGGCUUUUCGGAGAGAUCGGUAAAAAAGGCGAUUAUUUCUGAUAGGGGAAGUAGCCAACUCCCUAAAUUCGAAUGGAGUAAAUAG